AUGGCGACAGCAGCACCUUCAUCCCUGGCCAGUUCGAGAGAGAAGACAAAUGGAAACAAGCUGAGCAGACUGCUUAUUGAUUGUGGAACAAGAGCACUGAGGAAUAUUUUUGAUGCUAUUCACCCUCCUGCCAACUUAACUUCUGAUCUCAAUUCCAAUUACACUAUUCUUAGUACCCUUUUGCGUAAAAGAGUUCUAAAUGGCCAGCAGUGGGACAAACUCUUCCCCUCAGGUGGAGGGCUACCAGACUCCAACACUUUUGACAUCACUGUUCUGUUCCUUCUACUAACCAACAUUUGUGGUUUAUCCCCUCCCCUGACAGGAUGGCACACCAAGCCAUUCCCUGGUGACAACUCUCUUGAGGCUAACCUUGCUCGCGUUAAGUUCUUUCGGAAUGAGUUGUAUGGUCACGUGACGUCCACAGGGGUUGAUGCGACAUCUUUCUCUUCAUUUUGGCAAGAAAUAAGCACCACUCUUUAUUCGCUCGGUUUAGAUCAAGCUGAGAUUGACAGACUGAAGGCAGAGCAUGGAGGAGAGGAAGAUUACCUUGAUGCCUUAAUUGAGUGGGCUGACAGUGAAGAGGACAUAAAAAUCCAGUUGAAGGAUAUCCACCAGACGCAAAUUAAACUCAGUAAAACAGUUGAAGAUGGCACUUUAAAGAUGGAAGAGCUACGUCAAGCCCUAAGCAAAACUCAGGAUGUCGUAGAUGAAGCAGUGGAAAUAGAACUCAAAGGACAACAAGAAAUGAGGGCAGCACAGUCACGUUUAGAGGGAGUGUGUGAGUCCCAAGACGAAAUUCGUGCGUCAAUUCAAGAGGUAAAAGAGGAAGUAAAAAGCUUGACGAAAAAGAGAAACGAGCACGCAGAUGAGGUGCUAAGAACUCUUGUGAAGUCGGAAUUCAAAGGAGACAUAGAAUUUCAUGCAAACAAAUUCCAAGAAGGAACUCGUGAGUGGAUCUUCAAAAGCAUUGAAAACUGGUUAGAUGACCGAGCAUCGCCACAUCGGUUGAUGGUAAUCAGUGGAAAUCCAGGAAUGGGAAAGACUGUUAUCUCCGCUGUUGUUUCGCAAAGAAUUCAAAAAGCUGGAAGACUCUCGGGAAGCCACUUUUGUCAGCAUGACAACUCACGGUACCGAGAUCCACGUUUAAUGCUCCAGUCUUUGGCCUGUCACUUGUGUCAAGCGAUGCCAAAUUACAAAGAUGCUCUAGUGGAACAGCUUUCAAGAAAUCUGGGUAAAGACCUCAACAACAUGAGUGUUAAAGAGCUGUUUGCGUUGCUGUUCAAAGAGUCUCUGAGCACAGUACAAGAUCCUGGACAAAACACACUAAUAGUCAUUGAUGGCCUUGAUGAAAGCGAGUACCAAGGACGCAAUGAGCUUCUACAUGUAAUCAGUAACCACUUUUCUAUGCUUCCAGUUUGGAUUAGAAUUUUGAUCACAACUCGUCCAGAGAGGAGCAUAAUAGACGCAUUGCGACAUUUAGAACCAAUCGAGCUUAAACAAAAGCAAGAAGAGAACUUAAAUGACAUUCAAACCUUGUUUGAAAAUCAACUCAGCAACAAAAUUGGGGAAGAGCAUAAAGAUGUUAUCUUGAAAGAGCUGGUUAAGAAAUCAGAAGGCCUGUUUAUUUACGCUUAUUUUAUAGUGGAUUUUAUCCAAAGGAAUGUUUCAAUUCUUACCCCUGAUCAGCUGGAAAGCGUAUUGCCUUCAGGUAUUACAUCCGUUUAUUUGUCCUAUUUCAAACGAUUAGAGAAUGAACUUUGCAAAGAGCUUCAUGCAGAUGAAGAACAUUUGUUGCGUUUCCUGUGUGCAUUGACCGCUUCAAGAGAACCAUUACCAGUAGAAUUCAUUGCCAAAAUUCUAUACCCUGGAGAAAAGUCUUUGACCGCGCAGCGAAAACUUCACAAAGCAAUAUCUUGCAUCUCUACACUGUUACCAGUUCGCGAGAGUCGUCUCCAUUUUUUUCACAAGUCAAUUAAGGACUGGUUAAUAGCAUCAUCACCCUAUGAAGAACAUGAUUUCACUGUGGACGAGAAAGAAGGUCAUGACGUCCUUUCUGAUCUUUGUGCUUCUGAACUCGAUAGCAUCAAGCGAAAAGGGGUUCAUGGCAAACAGUUCACCAAUACUGAAAGUUAUGCUUUGAUUCAUACUGUCCAGUACAUGCUUGAGGCCAAUGAUGAUCAUAAAUGGAUUGAUUGUUCAGGGACCACGACUGGCACAUCACAUCAGGUUUACCAGUAUGUGACGGACCUAGAGCUUAUUUAUGCAAAACUCUGUGUAAAUAGAACGUCUGCCACGGAGGAUCUCUUCCGUAUUUGCAAUGAACAUUCGGGUCUACUGAAUGAGCAAAGACUUUCAAUUGCAACACUGCUCUAUAAAGUUCUAAGAAAACACUAUUAUAUGUCGCUAGAUCACCCUCACCUAUUUUUUCAAUGUUUGAUUAACGACGGGGUUCCUGUAUUAUCGUCUGAAGCAGCAAGUAUCGUCGAAUCAUCUUUACCCACAAUACCCUACAUGAAAAACUUACAUAAUAGUAAGCAACAGACGAGGGAAGCAGAUGAAGCAAGGUUCUACUGUUCAGACAAUAUCGCAUGUUUUGAUGUUUCACCUAAAAUGGAUUACCUGGUAUGUGAGUGUCGAGAUGGAACAAUCCAUCUGUUUUCCCUGCAGACUGGUACCAAGGUAUGGGUUCGUCCAUCACCAAUAAAGAGAGAGUAUGGUUUUAGAAAUGAAUAUCAUGAGAAUGGCGCAUAUCAUCAGAUAGAGAUGCAUUUUUUAUCAUUUUACAAUUCUGUCAUCUUUCAUCCAAAUGGGAAGUCGAUAAUACCUGGAACCCUUCAAUAUGUUUACACCCUGACUGGAGAGAAAGAAGACCUUUUUCCAGAAAGUGAUUGUACGUUCUCAAAUUGCGCCUUACGUUCGUUCAAAGAAGGGGACUCACUAUUCACACAUUGCCCUGCAGAGCCAAAGGGGAUAAGCAUUUGGGAUAUGGAAAAUGGCCAAAAACUAUUCAUUGAUUGUGAGAAAUACAUAUUUUCCUUUACCGUUUCUGAUGAUGGGUCACUAAUUGCUUUUUCGAAUCUUGACGUAGAUCACUCUGGUACAAUUACUGUUUUUGACUCAAAACGCCCUUCUCGUUUGUAUGUUAUACUCCCGGACUGCUUGGGUUAUUUCGUGUGUGGCUUGUUACGCUUCACAUCGGAUAACAACACUCUUGCUUGUGGCUUUCUACACAAAAAAUGCCCAGAUGACGAUUCUUGCCCUUAUUGCGACUUCACAUUCUGUUAUGACACUACCGGAAAACCUGAAUUGAUCUUCCUUAGGCCUUUAAAUGCAUAUAAUUCUCAUUUUGAAAAAGUUGAACGUAGAGCCUUCGUAUUGUGGCCCUGUGGUCAUUCAGGUACUUCAGAGAAAUUGUAUUUUCUCUGGAAGGAGAUGCGAUCUACUUUAUUCUCUCUCAGAAAUACAUCGUUUUUCCACCUUCUCCUUCUUCAAUCACUGUAUGGGGAAUGUCAACUCGAGAAAUCUUGACGUCAAAGACAUUCUCUGGUCCUACAUCUAUCGCUCCAAUGAAGACAGGUGUCGUACUUGUUACUACUGAAAAACCGCGCAUAGUAGCAGAACUGUGGAAUUUCGAUCUGUCUGAAUGUAAGCAACGUAUUGUCGAACUUACUUCUAAGACUGCUAUGCUAUACAGAGUUAACAUGUUCCCUGUAUCUGAUAAUCGGAUAGCAUUCUUUUAUCACCCGAGAUCAUACGAAUUAAAAUGCAUCAGAAGUUUACAAAACCGGGAGGAAAACGAAGAAUCGUCCAAAGCAGAUUUGUUAGAAGGCUCAGAUGGUAACUUCGAUUGUGUUGACUUCAUAGACGUCACCAACUUUGGAGGAAAGCUUAUUUCCUCGCUAAGGAUCAAAGCCGCUGACGUUAACGAAAGCUUAGACGGCAUCUCUUGCAGUAGCAGUUUAAGCCAAGUGCUGGUUUGUAGUUCCAGGGUUAUAAUGAUUGGAAAUCACGGACUUGUAGACAAGCAGAAUGUAACAGUGAGUUUGAGGAAUGAAGGUAUCACAAGAUGGGAAAGACACACGACAUUUUCUGCCGAUUCAAUGCACCUGUUCAACCCAGACAUGAUUUUUUCGCCCAAAAAUGAUUGUGUAGUCACGUGGAACACUCUCGACGGGGGCCAAGGUAUACACGUUCUUCAGGCGGAAACUGGAGAGACAUUGCACGUCUUUCUUAGAGACCAGAAAGAUAUUGUUAAAUGCAAGUUUUUAGAUGAUGAAUCUCUGGUAUGCUGCAGUGAGGACAACUUCCUUCGAUUGUAUAAUAUCAGAACCGGAGAUCUACUAAGUAUUUUAGACAUUGGUGAGCGACCGCUCUGUUUGGGAGCCUGUUUAUAUCAGCCUCUUGUCGCCAUUGGUUUGUCCGAGACAAGAAUAAAAUUCGUCCACGCACAGUUGCAAACAGAAUCUAAAAAGAAGAAAUAA